AGAGUUGUAAAGUGAAGCAGAGUGUGAAGGCAGCAAUGGCGCCAGAGAGACAAUCGCAUCCACCUGUACAGAUAACUCCGAGACGACUGGGCUCCUCCCCUCCUCGCCGCCCGGCGGGUCGGCCGUCCGUGGUCCGCCGCACGCCUGCUGCCGGCCGGUCAGUCAGCUGACCGCCCGCAGCUCCCGGUGUUGUGCGGGUUGCCUACCUGCGAGUGGCCGUCCGGCUCCGUCCGGCGCCGGCCCGGGCGGACUGACAGAGUGCGCGCUGCGUGUUGGCGGCGACAGGGCGCUCGUGCAGGGUGCGGCGCAGUUGGACGUCGGCACCACCACACCAGUCACCACACCCUCGGGCCGCAGGCGGCUGUGACGGAGCCCCGGAAACUGCACCAGGCACCGACACCUGAGCGACAUGAGUCGGUCUCUGAUCCUCGCGGCACUGGCCAUAUCGGCGGCAGGUUCUGUGGACCGCUGCCACGUUUGCAAGACAGCAAACGCGCUCGACGUUUUUGCCAAUUUGCAUUGUGACAGCGUGCCCGAGACCGCUCCCGACUGUUCUCUGACCAGGUCAGGCGGUGGCAGCGACUUUUUCCAACACUGCCCACAAAACAGCAACUGCAUCACCAUCACCCAAAAAGAGGAGGAGCUGCGAAUGUGCACCCAGAAGCAGCGUCUGGAGACAAUGAAGACGACUGACGGCACCGUGAUGGAGGUGUGCGGCUCCAACAUGUGCAACUCGGCUGUGCUGGCGUCCAUGUCGCUGGUGCUGAUGGUGCUGCCCCUUCUGUCGGCCCUAGUCGCCGGCAGGGUAGUGUGAAGGAGACGUCAAUGAUGAUCAUUUCUUUGAAUGUCUUAUUUCUUUGCCUGGGAUAUCGCUCUUUGAUUGCCAUACAUGCAUCCUAAAGAACGCUUGAGCCGUGUGCUGCGGGAUUAACAACGGAUAAUCGCAACACAUUCUUUGGAUGUCGUUCUUUUAAAAAGAUCCUAUAUAUGUAUUCAAAAGCAACUUUUUUAUAAGCAAUAGAUAUUGACUGAACAGGGUGUGUUUUAUGUGUGGAGUAUGUGUUAUAUUUCGCUCUAAUUGUUUUACACACACUUAUUUACGGUCAUUGUCCCGCACGCCUGCGUGCGAGCUUAUGCUUAGAGCUAAGCUAUAUCACCAAUAGCUUUGAAUUGUGAAUUGGAUUUUGCAUUGUUGAGAGGAGUGUCGGUGAAACCGCCUGAAUUAGUUUUAGUUGACCGUCAAGUUACAACAUAGCUACAGCCAUAAUCGUUCUUUAUGUUCGCCACGUUUACCUCACACUAUCAAAGUACAAAAUUUGUUUCGCAAUCACCUUUGGCUUACUUCUUCAGUGUGCACAGUAUCGAUCACGUCCAUGUCUCCCUACUGUUCUCGUCAUUACGGAAUACAUAAUACCUACAGAAAUG